AUGGCGAAACGAGUCACUCUGUUCGAGCCGCCGCCGUUGGACGCCUCCAAGGCGCCGAUCGAAAAUGUUCUGGAACUGACCCCCGUGGUGGACAUCGGCCCUGAUGUAUUCACAAACUCCCGUCCCCUGUGGCACCCACCCGGCGCACGAGGCAUCUAUGGCGGCGCCGCCAUCGCCCAGUCGCUCGCCGCCGCGAUGCGGACGGUACCCUCCGACUUUGCCGUCCACAGCAUGCACUGCUACUUCGUCCUCGCCGGUGACUCCGAAGUCCCCAUUCUCUACCACGUCGAGCGCGUCCGUGACGGCCGCAGCUUCAUCACUCGCACCGUGCAGGCCCGCCAGCGCGGCCGACCCAUCUUCACAACCACCCUGAGUUUCAGCCGCGCCAACAGCGGCGGCAAAAAGCGUCUCGAACAUGCGACCCCCAUGCCGGAUAUCCCCUCCCCCGAGGAGGCCUCGCCGCUGAAGAAAGCGUUUGACGAGACGGGCGGUGGUCCAUUUGAGUCGGAGAAGGCCGGCAUCGUGAACCGCAACUCGGACAAGCCGGAAGAGAAGCGGGUGCGGCGCUGGGUGCGCUCGCGCGGCACGGUGUCGGAAGCCGGCGGCCACCACGCGCAUCUGUCGGCGCUGGCCUACAUCACCGACAGCUACUUCAUCGGGACGGUCGCGCGGGUGCAUGACAUCCCGCGAUUCAGCUCGCCGGCGGAUCUGGAGCGGUUCCUGAACGCACUGAAGAACCCGUCCGAUCUGGACGAUGAGGAUCUGUCGCGCGCGCUGAAGGAGCUGAAAGAGGAGGAGGCGGCGGAGCUGCGGCGGCGCCUGGAGGGCGCGCUCAACCGCGCGACGGACUGGAAGAAGCUGAAUGGCGAGGAUGAGAAGGAGGUCGGGAUGAUGGUCAGCCUGGACCAUUCGAUCUACUUCCACAACCCGUGGGCGUUCCGCUCGGAUGAGUGGAUGCUCACGGAGAUCGAGAGUCCCUGGGCUGGCGAGGGCAGGGGGCUAGUCCUUCAGAAGAUUUGGGCCAAGGACGGGACGUUGAUCGCGACGUGCACACAAGAGAGAGCGACGUGCGAUGGGUUGCCUUAG